AGGCACAAUUAAAAAAGGUCACUGUGGAGAAAAAAAAGGUUACUUGCAGGUUUCUGCAAUUUUGAUACCAUGGCAAGAGUCUGGGUCACUAUUGCACUUGUGGGGCUUUGUGUUUUCUUAACAUGUUGGUGUAGUGAAGCUGCAUCCACAGGGAGUUUACAAGGGUCUAAACAACUACUCCUGAAUUCUCAGUUACUGCAGCUACAUGUUCCUCAGGUUUAUGGCCAACAGCAACAGUUGACCACAAAUGGGCCUUCUCAGAAAUGUAAUGUAGAUGGGUCUGUCAAGAUUGCUUGUGGUGAACCUGGCUUAAAUGCUACCCAUUGUGAAGCUAUAAACUGCUGUUUUGAUGGGCAGUACUGCUAUUAUGGAAGAACAGUGACUGUCCAGUGCACAAGGGAUGGCCAGUUUGUGUUGGUGGUGGCCAAGGAUGCAACACUACCCAGACUGAGCCUGGAUUCAGUCAGCCUGUUGGGAGAAAAUGGACCCUGUGGUCCAGUUGACUCAAAUGCAGCGUUUGCCAUUUACCAGUUUCCUGUAACUGCCUGUGGGACCCAUGUGAUGGAGCUGGGUGCACAUCUGGUUUAUGAGAACAAGAUGACCUCUUCCUAUGAGGUUGGGAUGGGGCCCCUUGGAGCCAUCACAAGAGACAGCUACUAUGAGCUCUACUUCCAGUGUGGAUAUUAUGCCAUGAGCAUUGGGGCGCUGACCAUUCGGCAUUAUGCCAACGAUCCUCCUCUACCUGUAGUUGCUCCUGGACCCCUCAGGGUAGAACUAAGAAUAGGAAAUGGUCAGUGUGCCACAAAGGGGUGUGUGGAAGUACAGGCAGCCUACACUUCCUACUACAAGGACACAGAUUACCCUGUAGUUAAGGUGCUGAGGGAGCCGGUCUAUGUGGAAGUGCGCAUCCUGGAGAGGUCUGACCCAAAUAUUGUCCUGACUCUGGGACACUGCUGGGCAACCUCUUCCCCUAACCCCUUCAGCGUUCCCCAGUGGGACCUUCUAGUGAAUGGGUGCCCCUACAAGGAUGACCGCUACCUGACUACUCUGGUUCCAGUUGAGAGGUCUCCUGCGGUUCCGUUCCCUACCCAUUACAAGCGCUUUGUCCUCAAGAUGUUCGCCUUUGUGGAUACUACCUCUAUGGCUCCUUUGCACAACCAGGUCUACAUCCACUGCAGUACAGCUGUGUGCCAUCCAAGUGCAACAGAGACCUGUGAACCAAGCUGCAGCAGACAAAGGAGACAUGUACCAGAAGAAAGGGAGGCUCCUCCUGAAUCAGCUGUGGUGUCCAGUGGGGGAGUUGUCUUUAUAGAAAUGGCUUGAAGCUCAGCAACUGGGCUUCAAUCCUGAUGAAAUAAAAUCAUAUUCAUA